GCACGAGCGGUCAGUGAUAACGGGCGGACGGACGGAUGGGUGGAUGAACAUUAAAAGACAAGCCAGAAAUAAUACUUUGUUACAAAUAUCACAAAAUCAUGCGCAUAAAAAUUUAUUUGGUUUUGCAAUUCAUUUUAGGCGACGCGUUUUGCGUCCGCGAACGAAUCCAUUUUUCUCCGUAGGAGAAGUUAAUUCGAUCCCCCUCGCGACGGGAACUCGCUCAGCGGCUUCACUUCACGGAACGAAUGACCCCGGGGGCGGCGAGAGGGGCUGCAUUUCCCUGACGGAAAGUUCUAGCAAUGCAACUUACACGACUUGCUGUUUUGAAGUACCGUACUACUUCACAAUAACGUAAUCUAUAUUUGCCCUCUGAUCUUCAACCUCCUGGACCUCUACAUAUAGUCCAGCAGUUUAGCCUCAGCUGCUCACUGUCAGCAUGUCAGGUAGCUAUACUCCCACUCCAGGUGGGCCAUUCUCAGCCCUAACUCCCAGCAUGUGGCCACAGGAUAUCCUAGCCAGAUACUACCAGAAGGAUUCCACAGAUGAGCCAGAGUUCCAGUAUGAUGAAUUUGGCUUCAGGAUUGACAGUGAAGAUGGUUUGGAGCUACGUGAUGCCCUCAAGAGCGAAGGGAGUCCCCAGCACGAGGAUCCCCAGCAGAGGCUCCGGUGGCAGGCCCACCUUGAGUUCACUCACAACCACACAGUGGGCGAUCUGACCUGGGACCUAAUCGCUCCGUGCCUGGCUCGCUCUGACCGACUGAGGGCUCUGGUACUGGGGGGCAUCCCCCACAGCAUGAGGCCUCAGCUGUGGAUGCGUCUUUCAGGAGCACUUCAGAAAAAGAGGACUUCAGAAAUUUCCUACAAGGAGAUUAUCAAGAACAGCUCCAAUGACGAUACCACUGCUGCUAAGCAGAUAGAGAAGGACUUGCUGCGCACCAUGCCAUCCAACGCCUGCUUCUGCAGCCUGCUGAGUGUAGGAGUGCCCCGGCUGAGGCGUGUAUUGCGGGGGCUGGCCUGGCUCUACCCGGACAUAGGCUACUGCCAGGGCACCGGCAUGGUGGUGUCAUGCCUGCUGUUGUUUCUGGAGGAAGAGGAUGUUCUAUGGAUGAUGUGUGCCCUGAUUGAGGACCUGCUCCCCCCUUCAUACUUUUCUUCUACCCUGCUGGGUGUACAAACUGACCAACGAGUCCUGCGUCAGCUCAUUGUCCAAUACCUUCCUCGCCUGGAUCGGCUGCUGCAGGAGCACGACAUUGAGCUAUCUCUGAUCACACUCCACUGGUUCCUCACUGCCUUUGCCAGCGUGGUGGAUAUCCGGGUCCUUCUGCGUAUCUGGGACCUGCUCUUCUAUGACGGUUCUGUAGUUCUCUUCCAGGUCACGCUGGGCAUGCUCAAGAUCAAGGAAGAAGAGUUGGUGUCUUCAGAGAACUCAGCUUCUAUCUUUAACACACUGUCAGACCUGCCAAGCCAGCUCGAGGAUGGGGUGUUGGUACUGGGCGAGGCAGUGCGCCUGGCAGGAACACUAACCCAGGAAAACCUGGAAGCACAGCGCCACAAGCACCUGGCUUACAUCCUGGCCGAACAGGCCCAGCUCAACUCCAACAGCUCACAUGUUCUCACCAACAAUAUCAACAAGGUGGUGCGCAGACAGAGCCAGCGCAGGAAGUCCACCCUCAGCUCUCUGCUCUUUGGGGAGGAUGAAGCUGAGUUGCUCAAGGCCAAAAACAUCAAGCAGACGGAGCUGGUAGCAGCUCUAAGGGAGGCCAUCGCUCGUACAGCGGAGCACUUCCACUCUCUUGACCCACGUAACUGCAGCACUGAUCUGACUCCAGACUACUCCAUGGAGAGUCACCAGCGUGACCAUGAGAAUUUCGUGGUGGUGUCACGUAACCGCCGGCGACGGGCUAAGGCCCUGCUGGACUUUGAGCGCCAUGAUGAUGAUGAGUUGGGCUUCCGCAAGAAUGAUAUCAUCACUAUCAUUUCACAAAAAGAUGAACACUGUUGGGUGGGUGAGCUGAAUGGUCUUCGAGGUUGGUUUCCAGCAAAGUUUGUUGAAAUUCUUGAUGAGAGGAGCAAAGAGUAUUCCUUGGCUGGAGACGACUCUGUGACAGAAGCUGUUACAGACUUGGUAAGGGGGACGCUGUGUCCGGCUCUUAAGGCCAUCUUUCAGCAUGGCCUGAAGAAGCCCUCCAUCCUAGGAGGUCCCUGCCACCCCUGGCUCUUCAUCGAGGAGGCAGCCAGUCGGGAGGUGGAACGUGACUUUAACUCUGUUUACUCAAGGCUGGUACUCUGUAAGACCUACAGGUUGGACGAAGAUGGGAAGGUGUUAACUCCAGAGGAGCUACUUUAUAGAGCAGUGCAGUCCGUUAAUAUGAGCCAUGACUCCGCACAUGCCCAGAUGGACGUCAAAUUCCGCUCGCUCGUCUGCGUGGGCUUGAAUGAGCAGGUACUCCACCUGUGGCUGGAGGUGUUGUGCUCCAGCCUGCCAGCUGUAGAGAAGUGGUACCAGCCAUGGUCCUUCCUGCGCAGCCCAGGUUGGGUCCAAAUCAAAUGUGAACUGAGGGUUCUCUCUAAAUUUGCCUUCAGUCUCUCUCAGGACUGUGAGCUCCCCACAAAGAAAGAGGAGAAGGAGCAGAGACCACUGAAGGAGGGAGUUCAGGACAUGUUGGUCAAACAUCAUCUCUUCAGCUGGGACAUUGAUGGCUAGAUAAUUCAGUGCUGUCACGAAUACACACAUACAUACAUCUGUACUUAAAACCGCCAGCUGAACCACAAAGAUCUGUCACUGCAUCCGUAAAACAUUGACCAGUAUCCCAGUGUAGUCAAGCACACAUGCGUGCACAUACACUGUUCUUAUGUACAAAGAAGACAUUGUGAAGCUAUACUCAGGCAUUGCUUUCCUGGCCUUGAAAUGCCGUCAUGUAUGUGUGCAUCAGCAGAAAGCAUUUCCUGUGAAUUUGAACCUUGUCUGUGACAUUCAGCCAAUUCAGAUGAUUUGUUAUGAAGUCUCAUCAGUUUUUUUUGACAGGUAGCCAACAUGUUAGUAUGGCCACUUUUCUCAGCUCUUUGGGUCCCCCCCCCCCCACUCCGUAUCUACUGUCUUCAUUAUCCGUUGGCGAAAAUUUCAAGAGGCUGUGUUAGUUUUGACACAUGGCAGUGAUCCCUGAGAAAACAAACACUUGAUGUAUUGUUUCUCAAAUAACUGUCUUUGCACUUCAGUAGAUGAAAUCUUUUCUUCCACAUUCUUUAAAGAAAUUGAAGAUCUCCAAUGGACCCAUUCCCCCACUUAGUUCCUGCCUCACAAUGACUCUAAUGUACCAAGAAGGAUUCUGAACAGGACCAUAAUAUUUGUAGCUUUAUUCUUAUAAACUAGUACAGCUUUUGGGUUUGCAAAACAUUGAAAAAAAAUAAGUGAUAUGGGUGUCAUUUUAUUGGUAACUGAUGAAAAAAUAUUCUUGUAUCAGUCAGUCUUGUUAAAUCUGUAAAGACCAGCAGGCCACCAUUAGUAUUAUUACUAGAAUGCAGUUUAGGUCGAAUUCCCCCUCCUUCUUAUCCCCCUCCCUAUUCUCCACUUCCUUGCUGGUUCACCAUAGCCAACUGACCAGAGAGGCCGAUUUCAUUCUAGCUUUGUCAUUUACUCCUUUGAGGACAAAAGGCCAAAAAACCUAGAUGUCCUGUCUUUUGAAUGUAAUAUUGAAAAGCCAGCUAACUCUAUUGUCCUUAGCUGUCAAAAGAGAUGCCUAGGUCUGCUUAGGAACUGUUGGGUCUUAGUGUGUCUGUUCUGAUUCCUGGCAAGAGAAGAGAAUAUUUAAACAAACAAACCAACAAGUCCAACCUGUCUGUUGCACUUGGAGCAGCCAGCCAUUGCACAGAGGGAAACAGUCUCAAGUUCAUUGUGGGGGAGUGCUAGUUUUAAAUAUUGAUUGAUUUAGUUUAAUUGUGUAACUCUUCAUGCAUUGUAGUAUGAGUGUUCAUUUUGAGACUGAACAAGCUUUGUUUGUUCAGAGAACGUGAAGGCCUUUCAGGACGGGGGAUAUCUCCACUGUCCGCUUUACUGUUCCUCUGGGUAAUGGAUGAAGCUGUCUCAAGUGUUCCUUCUCCUGCCACCUGUGCAUAACUGAUAGAUGAAACUCCUGAGUCCAUGAGGAAUUUUACCUGCCAGACCAGUGACCAGUUGUUCCCACAGUCUUCAGUCAUAUCCACUUAUGUGUACAAAAAGAGGAAAAAAAAAAAAUUCUAUAUAUAAAUAUCUACAUAUGCAUAAACAACCUGUCUCCAUUCUCACUUUUCAAUUUUUUUUUUUUUCCUAAGGUAUGUAAAUAUCCUAUUUUCUGCCAAGAGCUCAUUUGCCUUGUUAUCUUAGUACUUGGUAAAGUAUACAGGCUCCUUUAUAGUACCACAGAAGUAUUUUGUGCAUUCCGUAAAGAGUAGUUGAAGAUCAAGUUAGUCUGAUCUAAUCUGAGACCCAAGCAAUCACUCUGUUCUUUUCUAACAAACAAGAUUUAAUUAAAAUAGAAUGACUCAGUACAGUGUUGGAUUACUAAUGUAAGUAGUUCUGCUAAGAAAAAAACUAAGAAUUCUGUUUUAUUGAUUGAUUUAUGGGAAAACAGAAAAAUAUGUGAUAAAUCUACUUGAA